UGCAUUCUCUCAUGUUUUGUGCUUUCUACGGUCCAAGAGAAGCACAGCUGGUUGAUUGUAAUUUUGUUUUGUUUUCAGAUAUUGUUCCAUUUUUUUUCUGUAUGAAUUAAAAGGCGAAGGGGAUUCUGCAAGUCUCCCAUUUUCUAGCCUCAUUCUGAGCUAUAUAAAAUGAAACAAAUCUAAAGCUAGCUGGUCUUUCCAUCAUUCUUUUCUCUGGUAUAAGCAAUCUUUUACAUCUUGACUCAUUCUUUCCUUAAAGCAAUGGAUCAUGAAUGUCUCUUUCUAUUUACCUGAAUAGUAUUAAUAAAAACUGUACAAAGAUUCGAAGUGAUCAGUACCCAAUCAGAAUAACUAAGGAAAUCAAACCUGUCUUAGAAGAUGAUUCUUUGUGUGUUUUCCAUAAUUAAGAUAAAUGCCUCUGUAGACUAUAUUAGGUAAGUUGAUUUAUAACGCAGCCAAGUUCUGAUGAGUAUGAAGUAUUGGGAUACUAAUCAGUCAUGUUAGUAAAAACUGGACACGGAUCUGUUACCGUAAGCAAAGUCUUGUCCCUAUCGGAAACAGUACUGUAUCAUCACGUGGUUUAGUAGAAAUGGUGAUGAAUGUGGUUUUGCCUGUGCCUAUAUUAACAGUUAAGUCAGCCUCAGUGUGUUCACUCCUGUGAAGCCUGGCUUAUUUGCUGUGGAUAUUCUGAGUUGCAGGAUGAUAAUACGCAGUCCUGCUUACAGAUGCCACUUCCUGUACCGUAGUGUUCAUUGCAGCUGUCCUGUGAUCAGUGGAAGACUGGCCCCCAAGAUGUCAGUCUGUCACUGUUACCACAUGCAGAACUCUCCUUCCCACGCAAUAUAGAGCUGCCUCUCCGCUACCCUUUGGCAUAACCGUAGCAUUAUUUCAAGUGUAAGCAUGUGACUUGCUGAUUGCAGAUGACUUAUUUCCUGUAGAAAAGCUGAAUUGUGUUGCAAUGUAUACCAAAGAAACAGUGAACAGGAGUUUAAAAGAAACCAUCUAUAUUUGCUUUACUGGAGAAAAGGAGAAGCACUUCAGAGGCAGAGGUCAUCUGUGUAGUUGCUGUCCUGUGCCCCAGCUCCACUACUGGCUUGAGCAAGUGAUAGUAACUGCAUGCACUGGUGGGCUUGGAGGGGCAGGAGUGAAGAGGAAGCACUGGCAUAUAAAACAUCUGAUCUGAUGGAACACAGCAUCUAAAUGAAUUGUGUGUCUCUGUCUUGUGGUGUGACCGCAGAGCAAGAGAAGUGAUGGAGCUGCAACAGCAAACUUGGAAGAUCUUCUAAAUGGAAAAAAAGGUUUAAUUUCUGAACAGGAAGAAGAGACGGUUUUGGGCAGAAGUGUGUCUGAAGACAAAUCUGCAUAUAGGUGUCAAUGCUGCCUGCCAACUUUAUAACUGUAAAAGGAAACUGGUGGAUAAAAGGCAAAGAUUAUCUGUUCCUGUGAAACGGUUUUUACUGGGCAUGUUUUCGAGCCAUUUUUGAGGAGAUGUGGUGAAUGUAAACUUGCUCUCUUGGGGGCGAAAUUCUGCUGAGGCUUGCAUUAGCCCUUUUGGCCACAGUGUUUCAUUGGGAAUCCAUGUUCAGCUGAUCGCCCACCAGGACGCCUGGUCUCAUAUUUAGUCUCUGCUUCAGAGGAUAGAGUCCUCUCUCUCCCUCUCAUCCUGAUUUUAGAUAAUGGGCUGUGUGCAAUGUAAGGACAAAGAGGCAACAAAACUGACUGACGAGAGGGAUGGGAGUUUAACACAAAGCUCAGGCUACCGCUAUGGCACAGAUCCCACGCCACAGCACUAUCCAAGCUUUGGUGUGACUUCAAUUCCAAACUACAACAACUUUCAUGCCACAGGAGGCCAAGGACUGACAGUGUUUGGUGGAGUCAACUCCUCCUCUCAUACAGGGACGCUGCGUACAAGAGGAGGAACGGGUGUAACUCUUUUUGUGGCGCUUUAUGACUAUGAAGCAAGAACAGAAGAUGACUUAAGUUUUCACAAAGGAGAAAAAUUUCAAAUUCUUAACAGCUCGGAAGGAGACUGGUGGGAGGCUCGGUCCCUGACAACAGGCGAAACUGGUUACAUUCCCAGUAAUUAUGUGGCUCCAGUCGAUUCCAUCCAAGCAGAGGAGUGGUACUUUGGCAAACUUGGCCGAAAAGAUGCUGAGAGGCAGCUGUUGUCAUUUGGAAACCCAAGAGGUACCUUCUUGAUCCGGGAAAGUGAAACUACCAAAGGUGCCUAUUCCCUGUCUAUUCGUGACUGGGAUGAUAUGAAAGGAGAUCAUGUCAAACAUUAUAAGAUUCGUAAACUUGACAAUGGUGGAUAUUAUAUCACAACUCGGGCACAGUUUGAAACUCUUCAACAGCUGGUUCAGCAUUAUUCAGAGAGAGCUGCAGGUCUUUGCUGCCGCUUAGUAGUCCCCUGUCAUAAAGGAAUGCCAAGGCUUACUGAUCUGUCUGUCAAAACCAAAGAUGUCUGGGAAAUUCCACGAGAAUCCCUACAGUUGAUCAAGAGACUGGGAAAUGGGCAGUUUGGGGAAGUAUGGAUGGGUACGUGGAAUGGAAAUACUAAAGUGGCUAUCAAGACUCUGAAGCCUGGCACUAUGUCUCCAGAAUCAUUCUUGGAGGAAGCCCAAAUCAUGAAGAAGCUAAAACAUGACAAGCUGGUCCAGCUUUAUGCUGUGGUGUCUGAAGAACCCAUCUAUAUUGUCACAGAGUACAUGAGCAAAGGGAGCUUGCUAGAUUUCUUAAAAGAUGGAGAAGGAAGAGCUCUGAAGCUACCAAACUUAGUGGACAUGGCAGCUCAGGUGGCUGCAGGAAUGGCAUAUAUUGAACGAAUGAAUUACAUACACAGAGAUCUGCGAUCUGCAAACAUUCUGGUGGGGAAUGGACUAAUAUGCAAGAUUGCUGACUUUGGAUUAGCAAGGCUGAUCGAAGACAAUGAGUAUACAGCAAGACAAGGUGCAAAGUUUCCCAUUAAAUGGACUGCACCAGAAGCAGCAUUGUAUGGAAGGUUCACAAUCAAGUCGGAUGUGUGGUCUUUUGGGAUCUUACUGACAGAGCUGGUAACAAAAGGGAGAGUGCCAUACCCAGGCAUGAACAACCGUGAAGUCUUGGAGCAAGUAGAACGCGGUUAUCGGAUGCCCUGUCCUCAGGACUGUCCCAUCUCCUUGCACGAGCUUAUGAUUCACUGCUGGAAAAAAGACCCAGAGGAGCGUCCAACUUUUGAAUAUUUGCAGGGUUUUCUCGAAGACUACUUUACUGCAACAGAACCCCAGUACCAGCCCGGUGACAACCUGUAACUCCCUGGUCUCCACACACUGUCACGAAUUGCCAGGUGUCCCUCAGCCCUGCCCCACCUGCCCUUCAGCGUCCAGCUCCAUGAUUGGCUUCCAGGAGUGCAGCAGCAUCUCCCAGUACCACUGGACACAGAGGGGCUGGAGCUGGGAACUCAAGCAGCCCUCGCCUAUGACCACUUGUCCUAAUAAUCUGAAUGUCCUGGAUGAAAAGGAGAAAAACACUUGUUUUUUCUUAAUCAAAGACUCCUAAACUGCAUUAUAUUGAUGUUAUGUAAACUGCAAAACCUCUGUUCAUUGUAAAUAGUAACUCAGUGCCAAUAACUGAUCCUAGUGCUUUCCUUUUUUU